AUGAGUUCCCCACUUUCUGUUGAUCAUUACGAUGAAAAUUUCAUCCCCGGUACAGUUAACAUUUUGUACUCUGACGAUCAGUCUUCUGAUUGCUCAGGCAAGCCUUUAAAAAGAACAAAGGACGGUUUAAUUCUUAUUCCACAACCUUCUGACUCUCCAAAUGACCCUUUGAAUUGGUCUACUUCUCGUAAGAUGUGGCACUUCCUUUUGGUGUCCUUCAUUACUGGUUUAACCGCUGCCACUUCCAAUGAUGCCGGUGCCGCUCAAGAUUCCUUGAAUGAAAUUUACGGUAUCUCCUAUGAUGCCAUGAACACCGGUGCUGGUGUUUUAUUUAUUUUCAUUGGUUGGUCCUGUAUUUUCUUUGCUCCUGCUUCUUCCCUUUACGGUAGAAGAAUCACUUAUAUUAUUUGUUUAGUUGUCGGUACUUUGGGUUGUGUGUGGUUUGCAUCCUCAAGGAGAACUGCUGAUACUAUUUGGUCACAAAUGUUUGUUGGUAUGUCGGAAGCUUGUGCCGAAGCCCAAGUUCAACAAUCAUUAUCAGAUAUCUUCUUUCAACAUCAAUUAGGGUCGGUUUUGACCGUCUAUAUUAUGGCCACCUCUAUUGGUUCAUUCUUGGGUCCUUUAAUUGCUCAUAUCAUCUCCAUGAACCAAGGUUUCAGAUGGGUCGGCUGGUGGGGUGCCAUUAUUUGUGGUAUCACCGUUAUUGUUAUUAUCUUUGGAUGUGAAGAAACUGUAUUUGACAGAUCUGCUUAUUCAACUGUGGUCGAUGCCACUUCUCUUGAAUUGGAAGACUUUGAAACCAAGAAGGACAAAGAUGAAGAGACCGCUGUGGCCGUGCUUGAAAAACAAGGUCCAUCCACUGGUCCAGCUAGAACCAACACUGAUGUUGAAUCUAACGAUGAAAAAUUAAAGCCAUAUCUUCAAAGAAUCAAGAUUAUUACUCCUUCUCCUUAUUUGAUUGGGUAUGGGUUCAAGCAAUACAUUGAAAGAUUUUUACUUAACUUCAAAGUCUUUGCUUUGCCCGCUGUAUGGUUAUCUGGUAUUUUAUGGGGUUUACAAGAUUCAUACAUGACAUUUUUCUUGACUACUCAAGACACUUACUUUUACGAUCCUCCUUGGAACAAAUCUGACACUGGGGUUGCAGUCAUGAAUGUCGCCACUUUGAUUGGUGCCGUUAUUGGUUGUUUGAUGUCGGGUUGGUUGUCCGAUAAACACGUUCUUUGGAUCGCUAGACGUAACAACGGGAUAAUGGAACCAGAAUAUAGAUUAUACCUUUUGUUUGUCACCUUGGUUAUUUCUCCUGCUGGUUUAAUCAUGUUUGGUGUUGGUGCUGAAAGACAAUGGCCAUGGCAAGUUAUCUACGUCGGGUUAGGUAUGAUUGGUUUUGGAUGGGGUUCAAUUGGUGAUACUGCCAUGUCAUAUCUUAUGGAUGCCUACCCAGAAAUUGUUAUUCAAGGUAUGGUGGGUGUUUCCAUUAUCAACAAUACUUUGGCUUGUAUCUUCACAUUUGCUUGUUCUCCUUGGUUGGACGGAGCCGGAACUGCAAACACCUAUAUUGCUUUGGCUGUGAUCGACUUUGUCACCAUCGGUUCCAUUGUCAUUUUCUUGUAUUACGGAAAGACAUUUAGAAUCAAAACCAAGAAUCUCUACAUUUCCUUGGUUGAAGCCACCCAAGGUAUGGGUUAA